AAAUCGCAACCCAAAAUCCCAAUCAGACCUAGAACUAGAAGGAGAGCACAGAUUCUUAAACUGUCACCUCACCACAUUCGAUCAUUUUCCCUGCUCUUCUUCCCCUUCCCCAAUCUCUCUCCACUCUCCAGUCUCCGAUUAUGGAUUAAAAUUUUCCCCCUUUUUUGUCCCUUAAUUUUAUUUUUGAUAACCUCAAGGCCUUCCAACUUGCUUAAACUUACACUCUCACUAGCCUAAACUUCUCGAACCUUCCACUUGCCGGUUGGGAUCCGGAGACCGGUGUGAUCUGCGGCCCUGAUUCGAAGUCAAAAUUCAACCGGUUUCACGUGGAAGCGGGAGACCCUGAUCAUCCCUCUGCUUCAAGGUAUGAAACAACCAACAGCAUAUAGCAUUUAUUUCAGUUUGUGGUCAAAUUGCGUUAAUGGCUCUUUGAGUUGAUUCUGUUAUAAUUUCCAGAGCUCAGAUGGUUUCUUCAAGAGAAGGUACAGAUGAAUUUGCUUCUGAUGAAUUGCAGAAAAGUCAGGGUCCAGAUGAUGGCAGUAACGUAAUACAACAGAUUGAUGAUAGUGGAGUUUGUACAUCACAAAAUGAAGAAGUCACACCUGUUACCCCUGAGAAGUCACUGCAGGAUACUAAUCCUGGGGCCCAUAUAUCACAGGUAGAUAAAGAAGAAAGUAUCUCCUCUACAAUACUGCAUAAAGUCUCACACACCCCUGGCAUUAGCUCCAGUUCCUUGCAAUCUUCUGGUCAGGAAGGAAGAACUAUAGUCCGUGAAAAAGUGUCAGAAGAUGGAUAUCAUUGGCGAAAAUAUGGACAAAAACUUGUUAAAGGAAAUGAAUUCGUUCGGAGCUAUUACAAAUGUACACAUCCAAGCUGUCAAGUGAAAAAGCAAUUGGAACGCUCACAGGAUGGCCAGAUUGCAGAUAUUAUUUACUUGGGUCAGCAUGAUCAUCCUAAACCUGAACAUAAUCUUCCGCUAGUGACUGGAUUUGUGCUGUCUGUUGCUGAAGAAAGAGGUGAUGUACCUUCAUCAACUGGCACAGAAGAAGAUCAUGUACCUCAUCCGCUCAAGGCUACAAGUACCUCCCAGAUUUCAGUUGGUACUACAAAUGAACAUGUAAAAAAUGCACUGUCAGAAUCAGAUAAGAUAAAGGAUGAAGUUGAUAGUGACGAUGAUCCGCAUUCAAAACGACAAAAGAAGGGCAAUCAUAAUGUUGAACCUACUGCUGUAGAUAAGCCAACUAAUGAACCACGUGUUGUUAUUCAAACUUUAAGCGAGGUACAUAUUGUGAAUGAUGGAUACCGUUGGCGCAAAUAUGGGCAGAAAUUGGUUAAAGGAAAUCCAAAUCCAAGGAGCUACUACAGGUGCUCCAGUCCUGGGUGCCGCGUUAAGAAGCAUGUAGAGAGGGCAUCUCAUGACCCAAAAGUGGUUAUAACCAGUUACGAGGGACAACAUGAUCACGAUAUACCUCCUUCAAGGACAGUAACUCAUAAUGCAACUGGUCCAAGCACAUAUACUACUACCAUCCGCAGUGGUGAAUCAGGCGUUAAAUCAGGAGGUAGUGAUAUGAUUGUUCACAACAGUUUGGAUCCAAGUGGAAACUCAGAGGAGCAUCUGAAUACUGAGUCGAGAUGUAGAAAUGAUGCAAGUGGCACUGAUAUGGUUAUCCAUUCAGGUUCUGGUGACGAUAGUAAAUCAAAUGAGCUGAUGAAUGACAAGCCAGUUGCUCCAGGAGGAAGUGAUGCUGCUAUCAUUGACGUAGUUGUUGAUGCCAGUUCAGUUUCUGGGUGUCGAUCAAAUGAUCAACAUGAUUGUGACUCUAGAAAUGAAUCGAAAGUGAACUGUGCUGCUUAUAGUGCUCAUACCAUUAAUCCAGGGUCAGAAACUAAUCCAAAUGAGCAACACAGGCCCAAUGCGGAACCUGUCCAAAGCUAAUAGAAGCAUAUUAUUCCUGGGAGAUAGAAAGCACAUCCAGCUAUGUAAAUUAUUACAAUAGAUCAAAUAAUCCUUAAUGUAUAGGGCCUCAGAGACAUCUAAUAUAUAACAAACUUCCAAUUUUUUACUUGAUCCA